CGCUUGGCUUGCCUCAUUCGCAAACUUGAACCUUGCAAUUGAACGCCCUGCAGAAAACCCACAGAAAUGGUUCAAGGGAAAACCAAGGGCUUAGCGCAGAAGGCGUCUGGAUCUGCUGCCAGACAUUCCGCCAAGGCUGCAGCGAAUACAAAGAAGGGCAGGAGACACGCCCCACCGAAGAAAAUCCAAGCGGUGCAACAGGCAGCUAUGCACAAAAAACUCAGUGCUAAGAUCAAUAACUCCAUCGAGCAGCAAAUGGUUGCUGCAGCUUCUUCCGGGAAGCUAACGAUCAUGAAGAACGCAAGUCUGGAAACUUCCGAGAGUUCUACGAAGGCAGCAAUCAAAAAGAAGGCGAAGUAGUAGCAGAGCUCAUGAUCCUGUCCGUACAAGACAUAUGACAUAUGCCAUCGCGGAUGAAGAGUGCGCGUACAAUUGAGCGUUAUACCCCGUGUCGACCCAACGUCCGGACAUGGAAUAGACAACUUCAGCAACAGAUACAUCCUGGAAGGCUCCGGGUGCAACCGCACUCCCGUAAAGGCUGACAUGUACGUGCUUGUCGAUUCCUGCAAUCCCGGGGAGGAUUGAGGCCGGGUGGGUAAUGAGGGGCUUGCCGUAUACCUCGUGCCAGUACUCACUCGUAAGAGUGGAUCGCGCCGCGGGGCUAGGCUCUCUUCAAAUCUCUUGUUCGGGUUGCUUCAUAUGCGGGUGUACUACGUUCUCUCAUGUAUACGAGUUCUAUUAGUCUUGCUGCAAUGCACCAUGUCUCGGGUCUGACCGC